CAACAAAACUCUCAGCAAAUUCUUCAUAGCCUCACAUUUUCAGAAGAAAAUAGACUAGACAAAAAAACUAAAAAAAAUGACAACAACCCUCAAAGAUCAUUGCGAAAGUAUACCCCUAAAAGGCAUCGACCCUGAAUCAACGACAGCAGCACCACCACAAUUAUUACCUAAACGUGCCUACAACAUAAUACCGCCGGCUGUGCCUAGACGAAAACACCAAACCAAACCGCCCCGCACAACAUGCGUGCAAUUUUCCAAACAACGUUUUUUCGACUACUGUUCCAACACUUCGAUACAUGGCAUCCAAUAUUUGGGUGAACGACGACCAACAAUGGAUCGUUUUAUAUGGUUUGCUUUGAUAUUGAUAUCGUGUUUCUUUUGCUUCGAUUCCAUAACCGAGAUCUAUGAAAAAUGGAAUGAUAGUCCGGUAAUUGUUAGCUUUUCGGAGAAAUCCACAGAUAUUUGGAGUAUACCGUUUCCAGCCAUCACCCUAUGUGCGGAAAGUAAACGUAUGCAUAGAGAAGGUAUGUCAUAUGCCGAACGCCUCAACGAUUUCAUCAACGAACGCAAUUCAUUUCCCGAAAAUUUAACAGAAGAAAUUGUGGAAUUUUUAACCAUGUUACAGGUGUGCCUCAACGAUCCCUCGGAUUUUGAGAGUAAGCCACCUCUUGACUAUCCACCCAUUGAUUAUGUUCAAGUUCUGGAGUAUAUGUUACCAUUAUUUGGAAAUAAUUUCAUGCAAUGUAAAUGUUUGGGCAAUGUCAGCAAUGAGUGUCUGCAAUAUUUUCGUAAAACCUAUACGGAAGAGGGUCUUUGUUUUACGUUUAAUGGUCUCAAUGCUAGCGAUUUAUAUCGUGAGGAUACGGUGCAAUAUCGAGAAAUGAAAUUGGACAACACUCACGAGUCGAGUGAAUUUUUGAAGAGGAAAUUAACAUGGUCCCUGGAGGAGGGCUAUGAGGCUGACACAAAUCCACAGAAUUCAUAUCCGGCUAGAAUUUUAAGCAGCGGAAUUAAGUCGGGCUUUUCAGCCAUUAUAAUGGAUGAAAAGAAAAAUGUCGACUAUGGUUGUCGUCAGGCCCAGCAGGGUUAUAAAUUGCUUAUACACCCGCCCGAUGAUGUGCCACAGGUGUCAAAGCAUUACCUACACAUACCCAUGAGCGAGGAGACCACAAUUGCUGUCAUACCAAAUAUGAUGACAACAUCGGAGGGCAUUGAAAAAUAUUCGACGGACAAACGUCAAUGUUAUAUGGCCAGAGAACGUCAGUUGCGUUUCUUUCAGGUCUACACGGAGAACAACUGCGAAUUGGAGUGUUUGACCAACUUCACGUUGAGUCAAUGUGGCUGUGUGAAGUUCUCAAUGCCUAGAACGGCGGACAUGCCUGUCUGCCGAGAACAUCAAAUCCAUUGCUAUGAAACGAUUGAGGAUGAGCUAAUGUUAAGGCAAUUCUCCGACAAUGUAGACAAUUGCCAUUGUCUGCCGGCAUGCACUUCUUUGGACUAUAAUGUGGAAAUAUCUCAAAGUCAUUUUGACGUUGAACGCACUCUUAAAGCCAUGGGUGUUGACGAGGAGGAGGAAGAGGACGAAAUGAAUUAUGCCAGUUUCGAAUAUGCCGCGUUUAGCAUUUAUUUUAAAGAUAAUGAAUUAAUCACCGCAAAACGUUCGGAGUUGUAUGGUCUCUAUGAUUUCAUUGCAAAUUGUGGUGGUGUCCUGGGUCUCUUUAUGGGUGUUUCAAUAUUGAGUGUAAUUGAGAUUUUCUAUCACCUCACCUUGCGGCUGUGGGCAAAUUUCAGGAGGAGAAAUUAAUGGGAAAGUUUGAAUUUGUU